UGAAACACAUGAAUGAAAAUCCGCGCGAAACGCUGUCGUGCAUUUUAAUGUAGCUGGAAACAUAGGCAAGUUUGAGUAUCGAGACUCAACUAUUGCACCCUAGAAUCCUAGCUGAGCACGGAUCCUGCUACCUGACCAACCAUACCUGACCAAUCAGAUGGCAGCAGUAGCGUUGCCUCCAACCGAUGUCUCCCCAAACAAACCAAUUCAAGAGGCAGACCAUCCUGAAGACGUUGCCCUGGAACAGAGAUCCAAAAUAACAGAUACAAUUCCUCAUAAAUCGACCCCAAGCACCGACACUGAGAUGGCAGCCACAGGCAGCGAGGGUGCUGGUCCCAGUAGCAGAGUCCCAGACAGUCCUAACAUUACAGACAAAGCCGUCGACGGCAGAGCGCCAGAUAGUCCUGACACUACAGACGAAUCGGACACCGCUAACGAUCUAGGCUGUGUGCCUCUUGAUGGCUUGAUUACUGAGAGCAUGCUGGAUGAAGAAAAGGAACUUAAUCGCAAGAGCAAAGAGGAUGAGAAGAGAUUGCAAAAAGAGGCGAUCUCAGCAUGGCAAAAGGAGCAAGACGAACACAGAUACAGUCGGCUUCAGCAUCUCCUUGAGAAGAGCAGCAUCUACUCCCGCUUCCUCCUGAACAAGAUGGAGGAACAGCAAAUGAAAGAGAAACUGAGGCAGGAGAAGAGAACCAAAAAGAACAAACAGGAAACCGACGUCAAGAAAAAGAGCGGGUCUAGCGGCAAGAACAAGAAAGAAGAAAAGGAAAAUAAAGAAACCAAGAUGACAUGUAGAAGUCCAGAGAGUGGACCAACAACUCGGAGAAGUGGCCGUCACAAGAAACAGGAGACAACAAGCCAAGAAGCGCCAGAAAAUACUGAAGAGCAACCGAAAAGCAAAGGCCGCAAAAGAAGAAGGGAAGAAACCUACAGCAUAGCGGACUACAUCGACAAAUCGACUUUGACUUCCAAGAAAGUUAAACAGGAACUGGAGGAAGUAGAAAAGAAGAAGAGCAAGGACGAGAGUUCAUCCACGAUGAAAGAGAAAAACUCUCAGGAUUCGAGCAGCGAAGCAUCUCAAGAAAGUUUGUCAUCUGACGAGGGCAAACCACAAGAGGCCGCCACCUUGCCAUCAACAGCCAAAACAGAGGAGUUUAUGGACACGUUCAGUCGAACCAUUAAUGGGGAGAAAAUCUCUGAUUUACAGCCGGAUCUCUUCACUGGCGGCAGACUCAGGAAAUACCAAGUGGAAGGUAUUGAGUGGCUCAAGGUGUUGUAUGAGAAUGGCGUGAAUGGUAUCCUUGGUGAUGAGAUGGGUCUAGGGAAGACGGUUCAGUGUAUCGGUCUGUUUGCCCACAUCAUCAAGAUGGGGGUGCCUGGUCCGUUCCUCGUGGUUGCCCCACUCUCAACACUCUCCAACUGGAUGUCAGAGUUUGAACGGUUUACACCAUCGAUUAAGGUGAUUCUAUACCAUGGUCAUCCCGAUGAAAGAGAAAAGAAGCGACGCCAGAUUCGGAAGCAUUUUGGAGAAUUCAAGACCCAGCCGGUAGUCGUGACGUCGUAUGAGAUCGUCAUGAUCGACAGAAAACAUCUCGCCAAUCAUCUCUGGAAGUACAUCAUCGUUGAUGAGGGACACAGGAUUAAGAAUCUCAAUUGCAGACUCAUCAGAGAACUCAAGAUGUACCACUCAGCAAACCGACUUCUACUCACAGGAACCCCACUACAGAACAAUCUCGCUGAGCUGUGGUCGAUGCUUAACUUCCUUCUUCCAGAGGUCUUUGAUGAUCUCAAGACUUUUGAGUCGUGGUUUGAUUUCUCAACGCUGGCCAAGGAAGGCGGAGACGAAGCCAUCGUUGCCCAAGAACGAGAACAGCACAUCGUCUCCAUGCUCCACCAGAUCCUCACCCCAUUCCUCCUGCGUCGACUCAAAUCGGACGUUGAGCUCAACAUCCCUCCCAAGAAAGAAAUCCUCGUCCAGGCUCCGUUGACGCCCCUCCAGGAGGAACUCUACAAAUCCCUGGUGGAUAAGACCAUCUUGAAGAAGAUGAAGGAGAAACACCAACAGGGGGAGGCUGAGAAAGAGGAGGAGGUUGGGACGAGCGGGAGGGUCGUAAGAAAGUCUCGAGGAGAGGUGAACUACGCCCUGAUGGGAGAGGCUGGAUCAGAUGAUAGUGAUAUUGAAGAUUGGGUUCAGAAACUCUCUGAUAACGCUGAUCGCUGCCAAAAAGCUGCAAAGAAAGCCCCAAAGGAGGCCCCCAAAGACGUCGAGCUGAACAUCAAGAUCGACAAUAUCAUGAGUCAAUUACGCAAAUGCUGCAAUCAUCCGUACCUCUUGGAGUAUCCACUGGACCCUGCGACCCAGGAGUUCCGUGUCGAUGAAGAAGUAGUCUCCUCAUCGGGGAAGUUCCUGGUCCUAGACAGGCUGCUACCCGCCCUGAAGAAACGGGGUCAUAAGGUCUUGCUGUUUUCACAGAUGACUCGUAUGUUAGACAUUUUAGAAGAUUAUUGCUACCUACGCAGUUAUAACUACUGCAGACUAGAUGGCACAACAAAACUUACUGACAGACAAGAACAGAUCGGUGAGUUCAACAAAAACGAAGAUGUGUUUCUAUUCUUGCUGAGUACAAGGGCUGGAGGCCUUGGCAUCAAUCUCACAUCAGCCGACACUGUUAUCAUCUUUGACAGUGAUUGGAACCCUCAGAGUGACCUCCAAGCCCAGGACCGCUGUCAUCGUAUCGGUCAGACCAAGCCAGUGGUCAUCUAUCGCCUGGUCACCUCUAACACCAUCGACCAGAAGAUUGUGGAAAGGGCGGCCGCUAAACGUCGUCUGGAGAAGAUGGUCAUCCAUCAAGGAAAAUUCAAAGGUGGCAAGAUGAACUUAGCCAAAGAUUCAAAGUCGCUUAUCAACCCCAAAGAGCUCCUUGAGCUUCUACGUUCCUGCGAUCACAGCGGCUUCGUCAAGAACUGCAACCAGGACGUCAUCAGCGACAAGGAUCUGAAGCUCUUACUAGACCGCAGUGAACUCCUGGCCAAGUUCCAGGGGAAGAAAGUACCGGCCAAGAAGGGAAGGAAGGAGGUUGCGGACUCGAGCGUCUUCAAAGUCUUGGAAGAUGAUGUCGAUGAUGACAAGAAGUUGAGGAUACUUUGAUGAGGGAUGGGGCUAGAUGCCAAAUCAUUGGACACUGUCAACAAAGAUAUUGACAAAAUUGGGAGACCAUAAACAGUAGGGCUUGAUAGCUCAGUUGCUAGAGCGCCGGUACGUCAACCCAGAGGUUGUUCAUUCAAGUCCCGCUCUAGUCAAUUUGUCGUUUGUUCAUAAUCAAACUAUGCAAAACUUACCAAAUCAGUUUCCCUUGUGGUUUGUUUCUUGAUUAAUAUUAAAAAGUUGCAUCCCCUUACGGUGAUCCCCUGGCACGCCUGAAAUUUCACGGAGCCCGUGGCCUCUGUUGCCCUGGUCUUGGCCUUGGUGCCCCUUCAAAAGUUUCCCAUAGACUUUAAGGUUUUCCAAUGGAA